GAAGAAGAAGUUCAGUGCACAGAAGCUUCUACAGUAAAUAGCUUACGUUGUACAUUGAUAAAUAAGAAGACAUGCUUUCUGUCCUCACAUUGCUAUUGAUCUUAUUCAGUCUAAAUGAGGCCAAACAGAAAGAUUUGUACACUUUCAAAGUUGUUAAUAGCAGAGGGAGAUUAGUCUCUUUGGAAAAAUACAGGGGUUCGGUGUCUCUUGUGGUGAAUGUGGCCAGUGACUGUGGCUUCACUGAGGAUCACUACACGGACCUUCAACAGCUGCAGAGGGACUUUGGGCCGUCCCACUUCAACGUCCUGGCCUUCCCCUGCAACCAGUUCGGCCAGCAGGAGCCUGGCAGCGACAUGGACAUUGACGCCUUUGUCCGGCGUGUCUACGGAGUCUCCUUCCCCCUCUUCAGCAAGAUUGCUGUGGUGGGCACCGGGGCCAACAAUGCCUUCAAGUACCUUGUGGAGAUGUCAGGAAAAGAGCCUGACUGGAACUUCUGGAAGUACCUCAUCGAUACAGAUGGGAAAGUCGUGGAUGCCUGGGGGCCCAGUGUCUCUGUCAAAGAACUCCGACCUAAAAUAGCUGAAAUGGUACGGAAUAUCAUCCUCAAGAAGAAAGAGGAACUUUAACUCAACACCUCAAGACCCAUGUGACAAUCUAUUCAGGAAUAUCCUAUGUGAUUGAAAUCCACUGUCUGCAACAAAAACACCCCAAGCAUCACAAAAAUACGCUCCAAGCAGCACACACUCCAAGCAGCACACACUCCAAGCAGCACACACUCCAAGCAGCACACACUCCAAGCAGCACACACCUCAAGCAGCACACACUCCAAGCAGCACACACUCCAAGCAGCACACACUCCAAGCAGCACACACUCCAAGCAGCACACACUCCAAGCAGCACACACUCCAAGCACCUCACACUCCAAGCACCAUACACUACAUACUGUAAAUGUUGUAUUCUACAGAUGUAGGAUCUUAAUUUGAGCCAGUUUGCUACAUCAGGAAAAUAAUCCUGCAGCAAUAGCAACUGUGAAUUAUUAUGUGGAUUAUAAUUAAUGGGCAUUUUUGUAGGUGUUGAUACAUUUUUAGGGAAAAUCAAGUCUAACAUUUCAAAUGUGAAAUUACAAGCUUCAGAAGCCUUUUUAAACCUCAAAUACACAAAAUAGUUUAAAAUGUCCUGCAACAGGGUGAUCAAAUUAAAAUCCUGUAUCUGUGCCCCGAAUAACUUUUAUGAAACCACCUCUAUGACUGCAUUCAGCAUACUGAUAUCCUCUUUUGGAAGCAGUUGAUCUGCCUGCGAAAAACUCUCUCAUCAGCAAUCAGAGCUUAUUGUUGUGCUGUUGAGAGGUUCUUUGUAUUGGAUUGCCUUUUCAUGGUACAUGUGUGCACAUUAAUAAAUACACUUUUACAAAGUGGCAUGAAUACUUUCAUCAGUUUUUUUUCUACACAAAGCUGUACAUGGAAAUGUGUAGGAGGUAAAUUUAGGUCAAACUUGACUUUUCCAUGAACGUUUUUCUCAAAUAAGAUUUGUUUGUUUUUUGACUGUCUCUGCCUGUAAGGAAUACUCACAUUCCUUUGUAGAUAAGUCUUUCACUCUCUAAUGUUUUCAAGGUUAACACUGUGCUUUGUGCUUUUGUGUUAGUUCUUUACCUUGUUGUCAUUUACACUUUUCUUACAGACUGUGUGCUUGUCCUGCCACCGCUUUGCUUUCAUCUCAUUUGAAACCAUAACUUUGGAAAAUGAAAAUACAUUUUGGAAAUUGUUUUAGCAGCCUUUCCCUAUUACCUGUCCUGAAUGUGUUUUCUAUGGUACAAAGUGUCGUUUCUCUGUUCAGCAAAGUGUUUUUAUCCUUGGAAGAUUUCGGUUGAUUACCUUGGUACAAAAUAGGGCUGUUGAUUUCGGAGAAGAGCCAGUUUGGCUAACACUGUAUUGUCAGUAGGAUUGAAUUCAGAUUAAAUAAAAACCUGGAAUGUUGUACCAACAUACAAUGCA